CUUUUCCCCUCCCUCUCUUUUAUAUUUUUUUCUCAUCCGUUCUUUCUUUCCCUUCUUUUUGCAUAUUUCUCUUUGUCGUCUGUUCUUUAUUUCUCUUUUGCUACUCGUACCCCCCCUCUCUCGCUCUCUCUCUCUCUCUUCCCCCACCCCCUCUCUCUGUCCACAGCCCCCAGUGCAACGCUGUGCUGUACUGCUCCGACCGGUGCGCUGAGAUCGACCAGUCGCGCUGCCCGGAGGACUCCAGCCACAAGUACUGGUGUAAGAGCCUGGCUCAGUACCUGAGGCAUGGGGCGGAGCUGGCUAACCUGCCAUUCUCCUAUGCUGCAGAAGUGACAGGGGAGGACUUUGAAAUGGAGCGUUUCCUGUCUCAGAACAGGCUAGAUCAUGGGUACUGGGUUCACUGGAGUCUGCUGGUACGCUCCCCGCACUUUCUCCUGCAUUCUGACAUGGACUAUUCCGGAGAGAUCACCUCCUCAUGGUUGACAGGUCAUACGGAUCCCUAUGGUCCUCUGAAAGCAGAAUCAGACAUACUGCUAGCUUGUUCUGCCAAGGGCCCCCGUGCCCCCAACCUGACCUCCCCACUAGUGUGCUGGACUCAGUACUGUAAGUGGCGGGGUCUCAGUCUCUCUUCUCCAGUGGUGGCUUUGCUCAGCUCACCUCUGUCCAUCUACUACAUCAUGACGACCCUGGUCCCACGAGACUUUCCCGAACUGAACAUCCUGAAGAAGAAGUCUUUGAAGAUCCACAUCAUCGAGUCCAACAGAGAAUUCCAGUCCCUCAUGGUUUUCUGGGAGUUAGCCAUGCUCCUCCCCCACGUGACCUUUGAACUCUUGUUCAUUGGAGAGGGUCUGCCCCAGGAGUGUGACGAGCAGCAGUUUCUUCUGCAACAGAAGGGAGACCGGCUGACCCUUGUGUGCCCAAGUUUGGCCCAUGAUGAGGGAACGGGCAAGAGAAGCAUCCGGGUCAAAGGUUACCGAAGGGCCUAUCACAUGCUGCAGGCACCAAAGCCGGACCUGGUGAUUGGUUUCAGGCCAGCCUUUCGCCUGCAUGACUUUUGGCUGAGUACACUCCCCAGGCUGCAGUCUCUGAAGGUCCCGGCCUACUUCUGCGAGGACAACGAGCUGAGCUGCGUGUGCAGCCAGCAGGUGAUGGGAGCAGCCACAGGGGGCGCCCUCUCCUCGCCGCACAUCAACCCCUUUCACUCCCCGCUGCGCGUCACGAGAGGGGACAACACGCUGCCCUGGUAUUCAAAUGCAUUUGUUUUCCACCUCAUCUACAAAACCGCCACCUGUCCACAGCGCGUACCUGUCGUCCGUCCCAGACUGUGCGACCCCGCCCAACAGUUACCGCCGGCCAAUCAGAAGGCGGGGGUGCGACAGAACUCACCCCCCGACGCGCCGUCCAAGAUGACCCGUAAGGAGAGGAAGCAGGCCGCCCGCAGCGUUCUACGGAAACGCAAAUGACCGAUCGGACGCGACACGCAACACGCAGACGCGCUCCAGCAGGACGCAGCUCGCACCAUGGGAUCACAGAGUGUGAUG